UCUGUGUUUUGCACAUCACGUUGCGUCUUUAUAGAUCAUAUCUGCUGAGGUGGUGCUGCUAUUACUCUACUAUUGAUUAGAUUAGAAUGUCAGGGAAGGACACGAACACACACAUAAAGACUAACAAACACACUCACACACACACGGAUAAAUGAAUGUGAUUACAAACAAAAUGCAGUGCAUGCAAAUACACAAACACCUACGCUUACCAGCACGCACAUAACGUGCAAGCUGUCUUCUAAAAUCGGACAAAAUCUUGGUGAGAAAAAAAGCGACAGAGGGGGAGAAGGGGAAAUAUCUCCUUCACCUCUAUCGCUCCAUCCUUGUGAUAAGUGUGAGAGAGAAGGACAGAUAAGUGAUGUGCAAUAAAGUAAGAAGUCUUAGGCCGCAGCUCCUCCCCUCUCCUCGUUUCUGCCCCAAUCAGAUGGGAUUAUAUAGAUCGUUCAUGCCAGGGAUGUCCCUUGUUAUGGCUGUAAGAAUAAGAUGAACCAAAGACCAGCGGGUAGAGGAAAGGAGAAGAGUAGAGAGUGAACUGAAGAAGAGGAGAGAAGCAAAGGGAGGAGGAAGAAGAAGGGUGAGGACAGCCAAGUUGAAACGGGAAUGAAGUAUCAUUCCGCUCCUCAGAGUAAGUCUCUGUUAGAAAUGGAAGAGGCAAACUAUUGUGAAGGCCUGGAUCCCUCAUACAGCACACUGGGCUUUGAGAACGCAGAGGUGCUCUGUGGAGGAGGAGGAGACAGCAUGCCAAUAGAGCCAGGCCUGUCAGUCGGUCCAGACGGAGUCAGCAGUAAUUGUGCCAUCUGUGGAGACAAGGCCACAGGAAAACACUAUGGAGCCUCCAGCUGCGACGGCUGUAAGGGCUUCUUCAGACGCUCCAUACGCAAGAGCCAUGUGUACACCUGCAGGUUCAGCAGACAAUGCGUCGUGGAUAAAGAUAAGAGGAACCAAUGUCGUUUCUGCAGACUCAACAAAUGCUUCAGGGCUGGCAUGAAGAAAGAAGCUGUACAGAACGAGCGGGAUCGGAUCAGCUCCAGAAGAAGUAUCCCCGACACCCAGGACAUGCCACCCAUUACCAUUUUGGCCCAAGCUGAAUCACUGUCCCAACAGAUCACGGCUCCACUUGCAGUAGCAGACGCAUCAGAGCAGAAGCCAGCGACAGUGGGAGAUGCAUGUGACUCUAUGAGACAACAGUUAUUGGUCCUGGUGGAAUGGGCCAAGUACAUUCCUGCAUUUGGGGAACUGCCACUGGAUGACCAGGUGAGUUUGCUCAGGGCUCAUGCAGGUGAGCACCUUUUGCUUGGUGUCGCCAAAAGGUCAAUGCCAUUCAAGGACUUCCUGCUUUUAGGUAGUGGCUGUGUGAUCCACAGGAACAGUCCUGAGCAAGAGAUGUACAAGGUAGCCAACCGGGUGCUGGAUGAGCUGGUGCAGCCCUUCCAGGACAUUCAAAUAGACGACAACGAGUAUGCAGCGCUCAAGGCUAUUGUCUUCUUUGACCCGGAUGCAAAGUCUUUGCGGGACCCGAUGAAGAUUAAGGCCAUUCGUCUUCAGGUCCAGAUGAGUCUGGAAGACUACAUUAAUGACCGUCAGUACGACUCCAGGGGUCGUUUCGGCGAGCUCUUACUCCUGCUGCCCACCCUGCAGAGCAUCACCUGGCAGAUGAUCGAACAGCUUCAGUUCAUUAAGCUCUGUGGCCUGGCCAAGAUAGACAACCUGCUGCAUGAGAUGCUGCUGGGAGGUCUCACGUCAGAGCCCACACACCUGCACCACCCGGCACACACCCAGCUGGCCCAGGACCCUUUGACCGGACACACGCUGGUCAUCAGCACCCUGCCUGUCGCUCACACCACACAGAUAGCCUCUCCAGAUACCCCCAUCCCCUCACCCCCCCAGGGUCCUGCCCCAGAGAAGUACAAACACUUUUCCCAUCCUCUUUGUCCUCCGGCCAGCCCCUCUCCUCCCACGCAGACAGAUCUCUGACUCCCCCCCCCCCCGUCCCCCCCCGCCCCCCUGCACUCUGUCAAAGGAGCGGACACGGGCACAGUUCCCCUGCCACCAAUCCAUCAUCCCAGUCAUAAGAUUAUGAAAGCAGUCCCCGCUCAGGGUCUGUGGUUAGACUUUACCCUGCUCCUUCUCCACGUGACUGCUUGGUGGUGUCGAAACAAGAACUGAGACGUAAUAAAAGCUGCUCCCUGCAGCACUUUUAAACUUCAAUCUGACACUUUCCCGAUUCAGUAAACCAAUGAAACACCAAACCAGGGUUUAACAAAACCUAAUGUGUAUUAUCGUGGUGGGCUAAAAGUGAUAUACUUUUUUUUCAAUGCAGUAUCUAGAUUUUUACAACCUUUUCAUGUCAGUUAGGUAUAUUCUCAUGGAAAUGACCGCAGUGGAAAUGUUAAAAUAGUAGUGCUUUUAAGUAUAUACCUUCUUAAAUUUUGUAAGUGUAGUGUUUAUUGACUGAUGACUUGCUUGAUUGGAUAUAGAAAAUGCCCAUUUAUAUCCUUAUGCUUAUCUGCUAUGAUAAUCCUUAUACUGUGUACAUUUAUGAAAUGGUAUUUAAUUAACAGAAAUACAAAAGAAAAAAUAUCUUUGUUUUAUCAUCAACAAAUUACAGCUGGCCGAGAGAUGUGAUCCUCUGUUUUGUUUAUACAUUAGCUCGAGUGGGACCGUUCAGAGCGGUAAACUGGUCUUAGGUCUGUUGUUGUGUUUGAAACAACUGACAAGACAUUGUGGCUGAUUGCAUGGAUUUAUAUGUUUUACCUAAAAAGACAUUAUGGGUAAUACAGAGGAAGAAAUAUUUGUGAAGAAAGUAGAAUCAAUAUAUUCUGAAGAUACAUGAAUGCAGCAGCUAAAACAUAAUAAUACCAGUUUGUGGUGAAGAUUAACAUGAAAAAUAAAAAUAACCUAUCAAGACAUCUUAUUAAAUUAAAAAAGAAACGUUGAUAAAUUGUAAUAUUUUAACAACUUACUGUAAAUAGUCAUAUAGAUGACAGGAAACAUUUGAAGUGUCUUUCUGUAUUCCACUUUUGGAAUCAGGAUUAUUAUUUUGGUUUGUGUAGAUUUCUUAAUUUAUGCAGUGUAUUGAUUAAAAUGCCGUUUUGAGUAUU